AUGAAAGGUGAUAGACUGGAAGGUGGAGAUAUGCACAGAUGGAAGGUGAUAUACUGGAAGGUGAAGAUACGCAGAAUAGAAGAUGAAGGGUCCCCUCGGGAUUCGAGUGUGCCACACUUCGAGGAUUUUCCUCUUGAUUUUGAGUCUGUGUCACUUGUGUUUAUGAAGGGUAAGGGUUUAUGGAAGGAGUCGGUAGGGAAUGGGGAUAUAGGUGUGGAGGCUAUGAACAUGGAGGUAAAUGAUAGCCACUUCGAGGACAGCCACUUCGAAGACAGCCACUUCGAGGACAGCCACUUCGAGGACAACCACUUCGAGGACAACCACUUCGAGGACAGCAGCUUCGAGGACAGCCACUUCGAGGACAACCACUUCGAGGACAGCAACUUCGAGGACAGCAACUUCGAGGACAGCCACUUCGAGGACAACCACUUCGAGGACAGCAACUUCGAGGACAGCCACUUCGAGGAUAGUCACUUCGAGGACAACCACUUCGAGGACAGCAACUUCGAGGACAGCCACUUCAAGGACAGCAACUUCGAGGACAGCAACUUCGAGGACAGCCACUUCGAGGAUAGCCAGUUCGAGGACAACCACUUCGAGGAUAGCCACUUCGAGGAUAGCCACUUCGAGGACAACCACUUCGAGGAUAGCCACUUCGAGGAUAGCCACUUCGAGGACAGCCACUUCGAGGAUAGCCACUUCGAGGACAGCCACUUCGAGGAUAGCCACUUCGAGGACAACCACUUCGAGGAUAGCCACUUCGAGGACAACCACUUCGAGGACAGCCACUUCGAGGACAACCACUUCGAGGAUAGCCACUUCGAGGAUAGCCACUUCGAGGACAACCACUUUGAGGAUAGCCACUUCGAGGACAACCACUUCGAGGACAGCCACUUCGAGGACAGCCACUUCGUGGAUAGCCACUUCGAGGACAGCCACUUCGAGGAUAGCCACUUCGAGGACAGCAACUUCGAGGACAGCCACUUCGAGGACAGCCACUUCGAGGACAGCAACUUCGAGGAUAGCCACUUCGAGGACAGCCACUUCGAGGACAGCAACUUCAAGGACAGCCACUUCGAGGAUAGCCACUUCGAGGACAACCACUUCGAGGACAGCCACUUCGAGGACAGCCACUUCGAGGACAACCACUUCGAGGACCACAACGUCAAGGAUAAUGACUUAUAG